UAUCGCUCCUUGGGUUCGAGGGGGAGGUGGCCCCUGGCCAGGGACUCUUUUUCGUGGCGGAGGCCGCGGCAGGCCGUGACGCUUCACGACGGGGGGAGGGGCUGUACGUCCAAGAUGGCGGCGCCCUGUAGGCUGGAGGGAUUGUGAGGUAAACAGCUGACGGGGAGGAGACGGUGGUGACCAUGAAAGACACCCGGUUGAGAACACCAGAAACCAAAGUCCCAGUUAUUCCCAGAACAGACCAAGGCCAAAUCCGGAUGUCGGAGUUUGGAUGCGUGUGGAGACCGAAACCGAACUACUAAAUCUACUCUCCACGCCUGUUGAGGGGAUGGUUGUUCCCUGUGUAGGGUAGUGGCCCUAAUGAAGAGCUGUGUGAGCCUUUAAUGCAAGUCCUGGAGCCAGCACAGCAUAGUGGCACGGAGAAUGGCCCAGCCGGGGAGCGUCGGGGAGCUGCUCUCCAUGCUGGACUCCCCCACACUGGGUGUGCGUGAAGAUGUGAUGGCUGUCUUUAAAGAGAACCUCAACUCCGACCGUGGUCCUAUGCUUGUAAACACCUUGGUGGAUUAUUACCUAGAAACCAAUUCUCAGCCGGUAUUGCACAUCCUGACUACCUUGCAAGAGCCACAUGAUAAGCACCUUUUGGACAAAAUCAAUGAAUAUGUGGGCAAAGCCGCUACCCGCUUAUCCGUCCUCUCGCUGCUGGGGCACGUGGUGAGACUGCAGCCGUCGUGGAAGCAUAAGCUCUCUCAAGCUCCCCUUUUGCCUUCUUUACUAAAAUGUCUCAAGAUGGACACUGACGUCGUCAUCCUCACAACAGGUGUCUUGGUAUUGAUCACUAUGCUACCGAUGAUUCCACAGUCUGGAAAGCAGCAUCUUCUCGAUUUCUUUGAUAUCUUUGGCCGUCUUUCAUCAUGGUGUCUGAAAAAACCAGGCCACGUGACAGAGAUCUAUCUUGUCCAUCUCCAUGCCAGUGUUUAUGCCCUCUUCCAUCGCCUCUAUGGAAUGUACCCUUGCAGCUUUGUCUCCUUUCUGCGUUCUCACUACAGUAUGAAGGAAAACUUGGAGACUUUUGAAGAAGUGGUCAAGCCAAUGAUGGAGCAUGUGCGAAUUCACCCGGAAUUAGUGACUGGAUCCAAGGACCACGAACUGGACCCUCGAAGGUGGAAGAAGUUAGAAACUCAUGAUGUUGUCAUAGAGUGUGCCAAAAUCUCUCUGGACCCUACAGAAGCCUCCUAUGAAGACGGCUACUCUGUGUCUCACCAGCUCUCCGCCCGCUUCCCUCACCGUCCCACAGAUGUCACCACCAGCCCUUAUGUUGACACACAGAAUAGCUAUGGGAACGCUACUUCCACCCCUUGCUCCGCCUCCCGGCCAGCACUGUUCAGUGCUCCAGGGCAGCGGGCUCAUUCUUCGAGUUUCCCAUCACCACGCCCGUUACCUGAGCCGCUGCAAGCUAGUCUUUGGAGCCCAUCCAUGGUUUGUGGUAUGACCACUCCCCCGACGUCUCCUGGAAAUGUCCCACCUGAUCUGUCACACUCGUACAGUAGAGUCUUCGGCACAGCUGGUGGAAAAGGAACUCCUCUGGGGACCCCCGCAACCUCCCCUCCUCCAGCCCCACCCUGCCAUCCCGACGACUACCUGCACAUCUCACUCCCCCAAGUGGCAGCCACGCCCCCCAGGAAGGAAGAGAGAGCAGAGUCUGCACGGCCGUGUCUCCACAGACAGCCCCAUCUUCCCAGCGACAGAGGCCUAGAAGAGCUGCCCGGCCCCAGAGGCGCUGUCACUCUGAGUGAUCUGCCAGGGUUUUUAGGUGAUCUGGCCUCGGAGGAAGACAGUAUCGAAAAAGAUAAGGAAGAAGCCGCAAUCUCUAAAGAGCUGUCUGAGAUCACCCCUGCGGAGGCUGAGCCUGCGGUUCCUCGAGGGGGCUUCGACUCUCCCUUCUACGGAGACAGUGUCCUGGGCUCUCAGCGGAAGACACACUCAGCUGCUUCUGGGACACAGGGCUCCAGCGCGAACCCUGAGCCUUUACACUCCUCCCUGGACAAGCUUGGGCCCGACACACCAAAGCAAGCCUUUACUCCCAUAGACCUACCCUGUGGCGGAGCUGACCCCAGCCCCGCUGGGGACAGGGACCGCCAGACUUCCCUGGAGACUGGCAUCCUCACUCCCAGCCCUUGUAAAAUUCCGCUUCAGAGGGGAGUGGACUUCGGAAGCGGGCAGCCUCCCCCGUAUGAUCAUCUCUUUGAGGUGGCCUUGCCAAAGACUGCCUGCCACUUUGUCAGCAAGAAGACAGAGGAGCUGUUAAAGAAGGUGAGAGGAAGCCCUGAGGAAGACUCCGUGCCCUCUACCUCCCCAAUGGAAGUACUGGAUAGACUGAUACAGCAGGGAGCAGACGCACACAGCAAGGAGCUCAGCAAGUUGUCCUUACCCAGCAAGUCUGUCGACUGGACCCACUUUGGAGGCUCUCCUCCCUCGGAUGAGAUCCGCACCCUCCGAGACCAGUUGCUUUUACUGCACAACCAGUUACUCUAUGAGCGCUUCAAGAGGCAGCAGCACGCUCUCCGGAACAGGCGGCUCCUCCGCAAGGUGAUCAGGGCAGCGGCCCUGGAGGAACACAAUGCUGCUAUGAAAGAUCAGCUAAAGUUACAAGAAAAAGACAUCCAAAUGUGGAAGGUGAGUCUGGAGAAAGAACAAGCCAGGUACAGUCAGCUGCAGGAGCAGCGUGACACUGUGGUGACCCAGCUCCACAGCCAGAUCAGACAGCUGCAGCACGACAGAGAAGAAUUCUACAACCAGAGCCAGGAACUCCAGACAAAGCUGGAGGACUGCAGGAACAUGAUUGCAGAGCUGCGGGUGGAGCUGAAGAAGGCCAACAACAAGGUGUGCCACACCGAGCUGCUGCUGAGUCAGGUGUCUCAGAAGCUCUCCAACAGUGAGUCGGUGCAGCAGCAGAUGGAGUUCUUGAACAGGCAGCUGUUGGUGCUUGGGGAGGUCAAUGAGCUGUAUUUGGAACAGCUGCAGAACAAGCACUCGGACACCACCAAGGAAGUGGAAAUGUUGAAAGCCGCAUAUCGGAAAGAACUAGAAAAGAACAGAAGCCACGUUCUCCAGCAGAAUCAGAAGCUCGAUACCUCCCAGAAACGGGUUCUGGAACUGGAAUCGCAUCUGGCCAAGAAAGACCACCUUCUCCUGGAACAGAAGAAGUACUUGGAGGAUGUCAAGGCCCAGGCAAGAGGACAGCUGCAGGCUGCGGAGAGCAGGUAUGAGGCUCAGAAAAGGAUCACGCAGGCGUUCGAGUUGGAGAUCUUAGACUUGUAUGGCAGGCUGGAGAAAGAUGGCCUCCUGCAAAAACUCAAAGAGGGAAAAGCAGAAGCAGCGCACUCUGCAGGAGAAAGGCUUGACUGUUGUAACGAUGGCUGCUCAGAUCCCAUGAAAGGGCACAACGAAGAGGCAUCUGGGCACAACGGUGAGACCAAGACCCCCAGGCCUGGCAGCGUGCGGGGAAGCAGUGGAGGCCGAGGAGCCGGAGGAGGUGGUGGCAGCAGCAGCAGCAGCAGUGAGCUUUCUUCCCCGGAGAAACCCCCAAGCCAGAGGGCGGGCCCCUUCAGCAGCCGGAGGGAAGCCACUAUGGGUGAGCCCGCCGCCAGCAUCCCAACUGUCGGUUCACUGCCCAGUUCAAAAAGCUUUCUGGGCAUGAAGGCCCGAGAGUUGUUUCGAAACAAGAGUGAGAGCCAGUGUGAUGAGGACGGCACAAGCAUCUGCAGCCUCCCUGAAAGCCUAAAGACAGACCCGGGCAAGGACUCGGGUGUGGAAGCCAAGACUUCCCUGAACCUAGACGGCCCGCACCCUUCUCCCCCCAACCCGGACAGCGUUGGGCAGCUUCGGAUCAUGGACUACAAUGAGGCUCAUCACGAACACAGCUAAGGGGGAGGCUCAGUCAGUGUAACUUGCGUCUUGUUGGCACAGAACAGGAGGUGUGAGUGCAUGUUGGAGGUGUUCCCGACUCCAGGGUCUGAGUGGUUGCUCGUGCGUGGAAAUGGGACAGGGGUCCCCUUGACAUCUGAGCGGGUGCAGAACGGUUUUGGGUCUGGCAGUGAAAUGCCUCUUCAGCUCCCCCACCCUGCCGCUAACCCUUUCAUUCACCCAACAGUGUGUACUAAUUGAGGGCCAGCCAGUGUUCCUCAGUAGCUUUCCCCCCCCCCCCAUGGUUGCGUCCUUUGGACCUGUGCAAUACGAGGCCAAAUUCCACCUCUGAGUCUGGCACUGCUCUGCUUUCCCGAUGCUCGGAUCACCGGGGCUCUCGGUUAGACCAGGCGGUUGGUAGCCUUGCAGGUAAGUUCAGUCUGUUCCUUCUGUGAGGGUGUGGCCUGCAGAGCUGAUUGUCUUCAUGCAGAAGCAUCUGUGGGAGACCUUUCCCCACUUUUGCUUCUGAAGUUCAGCAUCUACAGCAACAGAUCUAGAAAAACAAGGGUUCAUUCGCCUCCCGUUCUUCUGGUGGUUCUGAUACAUCUGAGGAAGUUGUGUGUGAAUGAGCACCAGUUGUUUCACAAGUGUAGCUGGUGCUGUGGAGACCACACACCCUCGUCCUCUUGGAAAGCUCUUGUCCCUCCUUCCCCCACUACCUCUUAUUUAUUUGGUGUUUGCUUGAACGCUGGUACCAUGCUGAGCCCGGGCUGGCCUGAGGGCGGUGACCCUGCACCGUGGGUGGCAGGAGGCCACUUGGAGAGGUUCCAGGAGCUCUCUGCGUGUGGAGUCGUGCCUCUGGGCUGCUGUCUCAUCCUGAGCCUUUGGUGUAGCCCUUCAGUCUGGCUGCCUUCCCUUGAGUUCCCUGUGCCUCUUUUGUGUCACCCGUUUCAGGCAUCACGGCAGAGGGGCCACGGAGGUUCAUUUUCUUCAGAGCUUAUGUGAACGUUUUUAAGGUGGGGUUGUGUCAUUCCUGUCACUUCUGGGUUUCACACCGUUUCUGACUUUCAGGGCUGGCUCUCUCAGGAGUUUGAUGUUGUCACCCUCUGCAGUGUUCAGAAUGACAGAGCAACCGAAAACAGAUUCUGGGAGGGUGUUGGAAAGGCCAUUGCCUGCCCCACGGGGCUGCUGCACAUGCUCAGGAGAGGUGAUGCCAGUCAGACACUGAUGUCCGUAGGGAAUCCCAACCCAACAGAUGCUCCUAAAUAAACACUAGAAGCCUGAGAGCUGUUGCCUGGUACUCCAGCCCAGCCCAGGAGAAAUUUAGCAAAAAGAGCCCUGUUUGUGUUCUUUCAGAGGAGAGAAGGGUUCAACCGUGAGAAAUAGAAACCAACGGUACGAAAUCUUAGCUUCCAGCAUGCAAGGGGAGUCUUUAUUCCAAAGCGUGGCAGUAAGUGUCCCAGCGUCCCCGACUGCAGGGAGCCAGGCCACUAGAGACUGCGCGUCACUGCGGCGACAGUGAUGAAGGCCUGGGACGGGGCUGGUGGUGUGACUGCAGCCCACAGAGCCUGGCGUUUGUUGCCGUCGGGGGUGAGAUGCCAGCGAGGCCACACUUUUAAGGCAGCUUUGUUCAGAGGAAAGCUCACAGUCCGGCACAUCCUGGCUCCUGGUUCCAUGUUAGAGGAGGACAGCAUGAGCACGUUCAGAACGGGAAGGGAAUGUUACAGAUGUGCUAUCGAAAUCGGUUUGAAAUGCUUUCUUCUUUCCCGAGCCUGAGAGAUCUGUGCCCCAGAACAAAGAUACCAGGCAUUUACCUCGAAGCCUUUUCCUUAAUUAGCAAAGAGAAUGUAAGAAAAACAAAUGGAUCUUAAAAACGGACAGAUUGUGAACUACAGGGAAGGAAGGAGGCAGUACGGUACAGUGAGGCUCUCCGGUCGCUCGGGGGCUCUCUGUCUCCCCAGCUUUCCGAGCCUGGGUGGGCCUGGCAUGGUCCCGCUCAUGCUCCAUUGUGCUCCAGAAGGCCGUGGCUUUACUCAGCCAAGCUUGGAAGGUGAAGUUACUCUAGCAGAAGCAUAGGUCUUUAUGUUGCAAAGGGCUCCAGUGUGGACGGUAGAGCUUGCCCAGAGUCCGUGUGUCACUGGAUUCUGCAUCACCCACUGGUGCUGCAGGCAGUCGUUUUAAGGGGGAAGGCGUUGGGUAGGAGAGGAACUCCUGAGAGGCAAGUAAGGCCUGCACAGGUGUCAGAACAGUUAGUGACGGGCAGAGCCCGUCUUGACACUGAUUAGCCUGGUUUCUAGUGUUGGGGCUGGGCGGCCUCCAUCCAGAGUCCCGGUGACCCCUCUUGUGAAGGCUGAGAUGCAUAACUUGAACUCCCGCCCCACCCGGGGAGCCUAGUCUGUGUCUCACUCGGCAUGAGUCUGUUUAAAAAGUAGCGCUGCAGUAUUGUUUGGGGCAUGGAGGAAGAAGGAAAAGGAGUAGGAAAUAAGCACAGGUCUCCGACAGAACCUUCGUGGGUUUGAAGAAGCUCCUGAUAAGGCUGCAUCAUAAAAUCUAUUAAAAUUGUUACUGUAGAAUUAGGAGAAAUACGUGGUCAUGGAUAUGAGAGACAAGAAUAUGAGAAGUAGGAUGUGCCAGGGUCAUUCCUGGUUCUGGAGGUGUUGGAAGUCCUUGGCAGGAGUGCUCAGGCCAGUGUCACUAGCACGGGGCCAGUGACUUCCCUAGGUUUGCCAGCAGCUUCCGGGAGAGAAGGCCACCUGGCCGCCAGGAACCCGCUGCAGAAGGUGCUGUGUGAUGCGGCCAGGGACCAGCGGCCCAAACCGCUCCUGGAAUGCACUUUGUCAGCCCAGGAAGAGUUCCCGGAAGCCACUGACAGGAAAAUUUGCUUCCUCCUAACCUUCCUACCAUGGUCGGAGGCCAGAACUUUCCUGGGCAAAAGCAAGAUAGCAACAAACCCCAGACUGAACGUUGACAGCAUCUUAUACUUUCCGGUGAUUUGUUGAGAAAGACGGAACAGCAGCAGCUCAGAGGAUGUGUGCAGUGGCUGUGUGGGAAUGUCCCUGGGCUGGAGCACAGCGCUGCGCCUGGCCUUGAGGGUAGAAAGCUGGGUGCGUGUUUCUGUGCUGACGGUAAAACGAGUGUGCUGUGACGGGCCAGAGCAAAUGGCCAC